UCUUCCCUCAUCGACCCGCGGCAGCAGGAAGCGAAAGUUCCGCCGUAUUUUCAACCACGGAAGCCCUUCAUCACGUCGCGGCCAUGCUAAUCAAGGAAGACCGCCGACGGGAGCUGCUCCCCUCUUACGCCUCUUUUCGCCACGCCUACGGCGAGGAGACGGUGGUCAGGGUGGUUGCAGUGGUCAGGAUGGUCGCGGUGGCCGCAUGAAUUCAUCGAUGCCGCUUCAAGAUUCAGACACUGCUGAUAACCGGCAGCCGUUUCCACACCAGGAGAGAGGUAUGGAUCUGGGGGUGGCCGAGAAGGAGGCCGAGGACCAUCUAUUCGCUACCAAAACUUUGCUUCGGACCAGAUCGGGCAGUCAAGGCCUUAAAAAUGGGGCGACCACGGACAGGGCUAGGACAAUGGAGAUCUUGGACAGGGAGUUUGCCCUGAGGGUGCAGGAGAAGGAUUUGGACAAACGGCGCUAUGCCAAAUAUGUGAGCGAUGCGCAGAAGAUCAUGCGCCAGGAGGCCAACGAGUUGGCCGUCUCUGGCCAACGCAUCACUGCCAACAUUCCCAAGGGAAAGGAACCCGUAACGCCCCCAUAUCAUGUACUCGAGUCAACAGACGUGCCAAAGACCCACACCGUCCUUGUUGUCCUCAGCGAUGACGACGAGGAGGAGGAGGAGAUGGCUAACAAGCUCGCCUCCAAUACUAAUAACUCCUCCGUGAACAUCGUGGAUCCUCGUGCGGCAGCAACUAUGGCGAUUGUGGCAGCCCCUUCUGCUGCGACUUCUGCACCGCCUCCACAUACCCCGGCAUCCGGUGCGCCUACUGCCCUUGCACCAGAUUCGGCAGCCCCUGCCACUUAUGGCCAUGGCAAUGGCGUUGCUGGUGCAUGCGCACGCGGGAUCAAAAGGCCGCACCCACCUGAUGCAAUCUUUGCACCGUCUCCGGACGCGGUGGCGCCAAUGGCCUUUGCAACUGCUCUCGCUACCCCUGCUGCUUACGAUCAUGGGAACAUGCGAAGGAUGGAGGAGGAACUGCAGGACAAGGAGGUCGUAUCUGCCUCCCUGGCCCGGACGAUGCAUCACAGCUCGAUGAGCGCCUGGUUGGACCGGCCAGGGUGGCCAAAUUACACCAAACGGCCCCGCAAACCCCGCUCGGCCCCUCGACAUCGCGGUUUGCGGAUGAACCACAACACGGCGGGGCCAGCCCCUGCCUAUGCUGGUUCCUCAUCCCGUGCCCCUCCUGCAAACAUCAGCAACUCCGCUCCAGGCUCCUCAUCCCGUGCCCCUCCUGCUGACAUCUGCAACUCAAUUCCGGGCUCCUCGUCCCGUCUCCCUCCUGCUAACAUCAGCAGCUCGGCUCCGGGCUCCUCAUCCAGUGCCACUCCUUCUAACGUGAGCAGCUCCGCUCCGGGCUCCUCAUCCAGUGCCACUCCUGCAAACGUGAGCAGCUCCGCUCCGGGCUUGGCUACGGCUGAGCAAGGGAGGGGGAUGCGUGGCUUCAUCCGCAUCUUCGGCGUCGAGAUGGCUCCGCAGGAGUAGGCGAUACUUCUGCCAGCGCUACCGGGGGAUUUGCAGCUCAGCAUGCUAACCCGUUAGCCCACUCAUGAUUUCCUCCUGCUGAUUCUCAAUCAGCGGGCGGAAUAGUAUCUUUGCUUCCAUUAUUUACUUUCGAGAUGAUUACUUCGGUUCAGAUUUUACAUAGUUCAUACCAGAGCUGUUAGCCUGUAUGUAGGCUUUCCAGAUUUAUCAGUUUUACAAAUUAGUUCGAUUUUGAUUCUAGGGUUCAUACCGGAGCUUGUAGCCUUGUAGGCGUUCCAGAUCAACCAGUUGUAUGAAUCACUUCGGUUUAGAUUCUACAGAGUUCAUACAAGAGCAUGUAGCCUUUUGGCUUUCCAGAUGUAAUCAGGUGUAUGAAUUAUCUCAUGGAAUUAAGUUAUAAGAGUUGUUUGAGCAA